AUGCCAUUUGGCCUGUGCAAUGUACUGGUAACAUUCUCGAGAUACAUGCAGCAAGUGUUAGGAAAUUUACCAAACGUGUAUGUGUAUCCGGACGAUGUUUUAAUCGCAUCUCAAAAUAAAAAACAACAAGUAGUACUACAAAAAUUGAAAAACACCCGCUUAAUUUGCAAGAAGAAGAAAUGCCACUUCAUGCAAAGUUCGGUUGAAUUCUUAGGACAUACAAUAAGUGCCGAUGGUAUAUCAGUACUGCAUGAGAAAACAAAAGCAAUUAAACAUUACCCAAUGCCCAAUACGAUUAAAACAGGACAAAGCUUCUUAGGUAUGGUGAAUUAUUAUCGAAAUUUUAUUAAAAGCUGCAGUAGGACCUCCAAGCCAAUAAUCCAGUAUAUUUCCAAAAAGUGUGAAUGGGGUGAUGCCCGAGUAAGCACUGUUAAUGAAUUAAAAGAAAAGUUAAGUUCUGCACCCGUCCUAGUCCCUUUUGUCCCUGGUGAUACAUAUAGAUUAACUACUGAUGCUAGUCUCACAGUAAUAGGUAGUGUAUUAGAAAGAACAGUCAAAGGUAAGUUAAAAGGUGUCAUCGGAUACUACUCUAAAACAGUAUCAAAUACACAAAGUCGUUACCCCUGUAGGAGAAUUAGAAUUGUUAGCUAUCAUUCCUAG